AUGCGUCUUUAUUGUCUAUCAGAUGAUCCAAAUUUACCAUGUUUUAUUUUAACAAUAAAUGGUCGUUCAAUAUUAUUAGAUUUUCCAUUACCAAUUGAUCAUUUACUUGAUUAUUUACCAAUACCAUCACCAGGUUGUUUAAAUAGAUUUUCAUCAUUACCUAAAUAUAAAUUAUUAUCAUAUAAUAAAGAAAAUAAUCUUCCACAACAAAUAAAUGAAUUACGUUUAUUACAUAAUCAAAUAUAUGUUUAUUCACCAAUUGAAUUUUAUACAUUAGAUUCUAAUCAAUAUAAUUUUUCAUUAAUUGAUAUUAUACUUAUAUCAAAUUAUGAAACAUUUCUUGCUUUACCAUAUUUAUUUAAAAAAUAUAAAAAUUUAAAUGCACAAAUUUAUUUAACUGAACCAACAUAUCGUUUUGGUCAACAACUUAUGUAUGAAUUAGUUACAUAUGUUGAACAACAAUCAAAAAUGAUACAAACAAAUAA